AUGCCAGAAAGGUCAACCAUAGAGGCUAUUCAUGUUUUGAAGAGGCUAAUGGAAAAAUAUAGGGAGCAAAGGAAAGAUUUGUAUAUUGUAUUCAUUGACUUGGAGAAAGCGUAUGAUAGCAUACCAAGAGGCAUUAUCUGGGAUAGCAUCAAGGCUAGAGGUAUUUCACAAAUGUAUAUUGAGGCAAUAUGGGAUAUAUAUGACAGAUUAUCGACUAACGUUCAAACACCAACUUUACCGUGGUGCAUGUUAUUUGCUGAUGAUAUCGUGUUGGUAGCAGAAACCAGGGAGGAAGUUAAUAAUAAAAUAGAAGAGUUGAGAGCAAUUCUAAAAGGGAAGCAAGAGGUGACCAUUGGUGAAGAAGUUAUUACAUGUAUGACAAAGUUCAGGUAUUUGGGAUCGAUUAUUCAGAGUAAUGGAGAGAAUAAUGGAGACGUUACACUUCGAAUACAAGCAGGUUGGCUCAAGUGGAGAGCAGCUACCGUGGUUCUACGUGAUAGGAACUUUCCAAGUAGGUUAAAAGGUAAAUUUUAUCGAGUUGCAAUCAGGCCUACUCUGAUGUAUGAAAAAGAAUGUUGGUCCAUAAAGAAGACUUUUUAA